CGCCGCCGCCGCCGCCGCCGCCGCCGCUCGCGGGGAAGAGAUGGCGGCGGAGCGGGGAGCCCGGCGACUCCUCGGCACCUCCUCCUUCUGGCUCUGUUGCCUGCUGCUGCUCGGGCGCCGGGCGCCGGGAGCCGCUGCCGCCAGGAGCGGCUCACCGCCGCCGUCCCCAGGAGCUGGCAUUCGAACAUUCACUCCAUUUUAUUUUCUGGUGGAACCAGUGGAUACACUCUCAAAUAGAGGCUCUUCUGUUAUAUUAAACUGUUCAGCAUAUUCUGAGCCUUCUCCAAAAAUUGAAUGGAAAAAAGAUGGAACUUUUUUAAACUUAGUGUCUGAUGAUCGACGCCAACUUCUCCCAGAUGGAUCUUUAUUUAUCGGCAGUGUGGUACAUUCCAAACACAAUAAACCUGAUGAAGGUUAUUACCAGUGUGUGGCCACUGUUGAGAAUCUUGGAACUAUUGUCAGCAGAACAGCCAAACUCACAGUAGCAGGUCUGCCAAGAUUUGCCAGCCAACCAGAACCUUCUUCAGUUUAUGCUGGGAGCAGUGCAGUUCUAAAUUGUGAAGUUAAUACAGACUUGGUCCCUUUUAUGAGGUGGGAACAGAAUAGACAACCUCUUCUUCUGGAUGACAGAGUCAUCAAACUUCCAAGUGGAUCACUGGUUAUCAGCAAUGUUACUGAAGGAGAUGAGGGACUUUAUCGCUGCAUGGUUGAAAGUGGUGGCCCACCAAAGUAUAGUGAUGAGGCUGAAUUAAAAGUUCUUCCAGAUCCUGAAGUUACAUCAAAUUUGGUAUUUGUGAAACAGCCUUCUUCCUUAGUCAGAGCUAUUGGUCAAAGUGCAGUUUUGCCUUGUGUUGCUUCAGGAUUUCCUGUUCCAGCCAUUAGGUGGAUGAAAAAUGAGGAGGCACUUGACACACAAAGCUCUGCACGAUUGGUAUUGCUGGCAGGUGGUAAUCUAGAGAUCAGUGAUGUCACUGAGGAUGAUGCUGGGACUUAUUUUUGUGUUGCUGAUAAUGGAAAUGAAACAAUUGAAGCUCAGGCAGAGCUUACAGUGCAAGUACAACCUGAAUUCCUGAAGCAGCCUACUAAUAUAUAUGCUCACGAAUCCAUGGAUAUUGUAUUCGAAUGUGAAGUGACAGGGAAACCAACUCCAACUGUGAAGUGGGUCAAGAAUGGGGAUAUGGUUAUCCCAAGUGAUUACUUUAAGAUUGUAAAGGAACAUAAUCUUCAAGUUUUGGGUCUGGUGAAAUCAGAUGAAGGGUUCUAUCAGUGCAUUGCUGAGAAUGAUGUUGGAAAUGCACAAGCUGGAGCCCAACUGAUAAUUCUUGAACAUGCACCAGCCACAACUGGACCACUGCCUUCAGCUCCUCGGGAUGUCGUGGCCUCCCUGGUCUCCACCCGCUUCAUCAAAUUGACUUGGCGGACACCUGCAUCAGAUCCUCAUGGGGACAACCUAACCUACUCUGUCUUCUACACCAAGGAGGGUGUUGCUAGGGAGCGUGUUGAGAAUACCAGUCGCCCAGGAGAAAUGCAGGUAACCAUUCAAAACCUAAUGCCAGCAACUGUGUACAUCUUCAGAGUUAUGGCUCAUAACAAGCAUGGCUCAGGAGAGAGUUCAGCUCCACUGCGAGUAGAAACCCAGCCUGAAGUUCAGCUCCCUGGCCCAGCACCUAACAUCCGAGCAUAUGCAGUUUCACCCACUUCCAUCACCAUCACCUGGGAAACACCACUGUCUGGGAAUGGGGAAAUUCAGAAUUACAAAUUGUACUACAUGGAAAAAGGGACUGAUAAAGAACAGGAUAUUGAUGUUUCAAGUCUCUCUCACACCAUUAAUGGGUUGAAAAAAUAUACGGAGUAUAAUUUCCGAGUGGUGGCCUACAAUAAACAUGGUCCUGGUGUCUCCACACAAGAUGUUGCUGUUCGAACAUUGUCAGAUGUUCCCAGUGCUGCGCCUCAGAAUCUGUCCUUAGAAGUAAGAAAUUCAAAGAGUAUCAUGAUUCACUGGCAGCCACCUUCUCCAGAUGCACAAAACGGGCAGAUUACUGGCUACAAGGUUCGCUACCGGAAGGCCUCUCGAAAGAGUGAAGCCUCUGAGACCAUGGUAGCUGGGACUCAGCUGUCUUGGCUGGUGGAAGGUCUUGAUCGGGGGACUGAAUAUAGUUUCCGAGUGGCUGCUCUAACCAUCAAUGGUACAGGCCCAGCUAGUGACUGGCUAUCUGCUGAAACUUUUGAAAGUGACUUAGAUGAAACCCGUGUUCCUGAAGUGCCUAGUUCUCUUCAUGUUCGCCCACUGGUCACUAGCAUCGUCGUAAGCUGGACUCCUCCAGAGAAUCAAAACAUUGUGGUUAGAGGAUAUGCCAUUGGCUAUGGCAUUGGCAGCCCUCAUGCCCAGACCAUCAAAGUGGACUAUAAACAGCGCUAUUACACCAUAGAAAAUCUGGAUCCCAGCUCUCACUAUGUGAUCACCCUGAAAGCGUUUAACAAUGUGGGUGAAGGCAUUCCCCUGUAUGAGAGUGCUGUGACCAGGCCUCACACAGACACUUCUGAAGUUGAUUUAUUUGUUAUUAAUGCUCCAUACACUCCAGUGCCAGAUCCCACUCCCAUGAUGCCACCAGUGGGAGUUCAGGCUUCCAUUCUGAGUCAUGACACCAUAAGGAUCACAUGGGCGGACAACUCACUGCCCAAGCAUCAGAAGAUAACGGAUUCCCGGUACUACACAAUCCGAUGGAAAACCAAUAUCCCGGCAAACACCAAGUACAAGAAUGCAAAUGCAACAACGUUGAGUUAUUUGGUGACUGGUUUAAAGGCAAAUACACUCUAUGAGUUCUCUGUGAUGGUGACCAAAGGUCGACGAUCAAGUACAUGGAGUAUGACAGCCCAUGGGACCACCUUUGAGUUUGUUCCUGCUUCUCCACCGAAGGAUGUGACAGUUGUGAGUAAAGAGGGGAAACCUAGGACCAUAAUUGUGAAUUGGCAGCCUCCCUCUGAAGCCAAUGGCAAAAUUACAGGUUACAUCAUAUAUUACAGUACAGAUGUAAAUGCAGAGAUACAUGACUGGGUCAUUGAACCUGUUGUGGGAAAUAGGCUGACUCAUCAGAUUCAAGAAUUAACGCUUGACACACCAUAUUACUUCAAAAUCCAAGCCCGGAACUCAAAGGGCAUGGGACCCAUGUCUGAAGCUGUCCAGUUCAGAACACCUAAAGCCUCAGGGUCUUCAGGAAAAGGAAGCCGGCUGCCAGACCUAGGAUCUGACUACAAACCUCCAAUGAGCGGAAGUAACAGUCCUCAUGGAAGCCCCACCUCUCCUCUAGACAGCAACAUGCUCCUGGUCAUCAUCGUGUCUGUUGGUGUCAUCACCAUAGUCGUUGUCGUGAUCAUUGCUGUCUUUUGCACAAGACGUACCACCUCACACCAGAAAAAGAAACGAGCUGCUUGCAAAUCUGUGAAUGGCUCCCACAAGUACAAAGGGAACUCAAAAGAUGUCAAACCCCCAGACCUUUGGAUCCAUCAUGAGAGACUGGAGCUGAAACCCAUUGAUAAAUCUCCAGACCCAAACCCCAUCAUGACUGAUACUCCAAUUCCUCGUAACUCUCAAGAUAUCACACCAGUUGACAAUUCCAUGGACAGCAAUAUCCAUCAAAGGCGGAAUUCAUACAGAGGGCAUGAAUCAGAGGAUAGCAUGUCUACACUGGCUGGAAGACGGGGGAUGAGACCAAAAAUGAUGAUGCCCUUUGACUCCCAGCCACCCCAACCUGUGAUUAGUGCCCAUCCCAUCCAUUCCCUCGAUAACCCUCACCAUCAUUUCCACUCCAGCAGCCUCGCUUCUCCAGCUCGCAGUCAUCUCUACCACCCGGGCAGCCCAUGGCCCGUUGGCACAUCCAUGUCCCUUUCAGACAGGGCCAAUUCCACAGAAUCUGUUCGAAACACCCCCAGCACGGACACCAUGCCAGCCUCCUCAUCACAGACGUGCUGUACUGACCACCAGGAUCCAGAAGGUGCUACCAGCUCCUCUUACUUGGCCAGCUCCCAAGAGGAAGAUUCAGGCCAGAGUCUUCCCACAGCACACGUUCGUCCUUCCCACCCACUGAAAAGCUUUGCUGUGCCAGCCAUCCCACCCCCAGGACCUCCCACCUAUGAUCCUGCAUUGCCAAGCACACCUUUACUGUCGCAGCAAGCUCUCAACCAUCAUCUUCACUCGGUGAAGACGGCCUCCAUUGGGACUUUAGGAAGGAGCCGGCCUCCUAUGCCAGUGGUGGUUCCCAGUGCCCCUGAAGUGCAGGAGACCACGCGGAUGCUGGAAGACUCCGAGAGUAGCUAUGAACCAGAUGAGCUGACCAAAGAGAUGGCCCACCUGGAAGGACUAAUGAAGGACCUAAACGCCAUCACAACAGCAUGACGCCCUGCACCAGAACAUGACUCCAGACCUGAGUCUCGAAGUCUUGGGUUUCGCCUUGAAUGCAAGGACUUGUACAGAGUGCGAGAGGACAGCACGAGAACACAGAGUGAGUGAGCCGGCCAGCCAGCAUCUCCGCGUGGGGCAGUCCAGGCCUGGCCGCCGGCCUUCUCCUGGUCGGCCUGGAAGAAGCCUGUGCCAAGGCAGCUUCCCAUUGCCUGCUGACACCCUGCAGGAUGGGCACCAUGGGCCAAAAGUUUGUGUCCAGGGGAGAGACAAGAAGUGCAACCUACAUUUCACUUUGUGGUCAGGCUGCAUCUUCGUGCUACAACUGCAUCGCCUUUAUGGAGUGUAGACAUUGGCAUUUAUGUACAAUUUUGUUUGUGUCCUAUUUUAUUUUACCUUCAAAAGAAAAACCAUCAAAACCCAAGGAAAUCCAUGGUCUUCUCUACAGUGGUUGACAUUUGAUUUGACUACUUGUUUGAAUUGCAUAUGGACAGUGUGGGUUUAUCCACUGGGCUUGGCUUGGUUUUUUUUUUUUUUUUUUUAGUUCUGAGUCAUUGCAUCCUCUACCAGCUGUUAAUCCAUCACUUUGGGGGAGGGGGGAAGAAAUGUUGCAUUGCUGUUUGUAAGCUUUUUUAUUAUUUUUUUAUUAUAAUUAUUAAAGGCCUGACUUUCUCCUCUCAUCACUGUGAGAUUACAGAUCUAUUUGAAUGAAAUGUAACAUUGAAAAGACUUGUUUGUCGCUUUCUGUGCAGUUUCAGUAUUGGGGUGGGGGUGGGUUUGGGGGUAAUAGGACGCGGAGGGGCUGCUGAGGUCCUGUGAAUGUUUCGGUCAUUGUACUUUCUUCCAGAAGCCUGCAGAGAAUGGAAGCAUCUUUAUUGUUCUUUCCUGGCAUGUCCAUCUAUUGUCACUUGCAACUGGAGUUUCUUUGGAUCUAGUCAAGCUCUUCUGUGCAGUCUGUGGGUUUGAGGGUUUACUACCCUGAUGUCUUGGUCAGAGCUAUAAAAAUGUCCAUGUCCUGAAGCUGUACUCCCAGCUUCUGGAGUGGGAAUAGCCUCCCCUCCUGUGAAGCAGAGAGAAAGGCCAGCUGUGCUCCUUGGCCCUCGGGGGAAGCUGGAAAGUGAGGAAGGAACUUGGUUUCCACACAGAACUGAUUGCUCUCUCUGGGCCCUGUCCUCAGCCAGUCACUCCCCGUCCAUGUGCCAGCACCCUCCAGAAAAAGCAUCAGCAGGAGUGAGGCAGGGAGAGCUGCAGCACAAGGGCAGCUCGCACCUCUUUCUGAACAUUGUUCUGUAGGCAGCAGGGGAGAGGACACAGAGAGGGACAGUGGCGGCAGCUGCCCUCUCCAUAUCUGAAGCCCAAUUCAGCCCAGAUUCCAACAGGGCGGCAGGAGGUUUCUGUGAGGCGCUGAGAGGCCUGGCCACAUGCAGAAGCCUUUGCCUUUACACGUACUUCUUGUGUUCUUUUUCUUCUAAAAGUAAGGAGCUGAGGUGAUUUUUUAAAUACUAAGAAUGUAUUAUUAAAAAGAUAAAGGAUUGGCCCUCAGGCCUCUUCCCAUACUCCCCAACAGAUCCCCAGAAGAGGAUAGAAAGCGAACUGGGUUCUGAACCCAAGAAGGGACCAGCUGCAGAGACCACCAGUGGGCGCCCCAGCCUGCCUGCCGAGGCCCAUGGCCACUGGCAGGCCACUUGCCUUGGGACGUUGGUCCUUUCCCAUUUUAGGUCUUAACACACAUUUGCUUUUCUAGGAGAUGAACUCUAUUUAUUGUUUGGGGGGCAAUAAAAUGUGCAAUGCUGACCGUCACAGAGGAUGGUGCGGGCAGGGUUCUGCAAAACCAGUGCACUUAAACUGAUCUGAAAAGAGCACUCUGGAUGCCAGGCAGACUAGAUUCCCCAGAAAGUCCCUUAACCUUUUGCCCAAAGACACAUGCUGGGUAUUCGGGGCACCCCCCCAUGAACCCUGACACUUCUGUUACCUCAGGGCCUUGGGUCCUGGAUACUGCCACAGAACUGGGGCGGGUGGGGAGGGCCUAUUUUUAAAUAAAGUAACUGUUCAAAGUUGGGGGAUUUUUUAAAAUUAAGAAAAAGGAAAACUAUUCUGUAUUGCACCUUUUCACAAUUUAAUACAUUUUCUUACAUUUUCCUGUGAUUUUUGAAACUAAAACCAUUGUGUGUCUUGUAAUGUCCUAGUUGAUCAGCUCAGCAGCUUCCUUCAGGAGGACUGGGAACAAAUGUGUGUGUUGCCUUGUUGCCUGCUUGAGGGGGGCCUGGAGGACUGCUGGGGACUGGUUUCUGUACACACCUGUUUGGCCUUUUCUGUAGUUGAUGCUGUAAACUAUGGUUUUUAAAAAAAAAUUUUCAUGUUUUUAUUUAGUAUUGGAAAUCCAAUACACUUUUUUAA